UGACAGAGGGAGAGUGAUUGAUAGAGAGAGAUUUAGAUAGUUAGAGAGAGAGAGAAUGCAUACUUCAUAGGAUAUGGUUGGAGGUGGUGGGUCGGCUGGUUAGGCUGGUUCUCCUUCAUUCAAUCCAUAUUUAAAAUCUUCAUCCAAAACUCAUUCCCAUCUCUUCUAUUAAUUGUUCUUCUUCAAUUUGCUGCUGGUUUCUCUCUCUUUAUAUCUCUUCUUUCAAUAGUUUCUUGGGCUAUUGGAUUGUUGCUCUUGCUCUAUUGAUCUGCAAAAUAUAAAAUAAAAAAAUAAAAACAUUGAGGAUUUUAGGAGGACAAGGUUGAUCAUAGAUUGUUCAAUUUCGCCGUUUAAUAUGAGCAAGCUUCACGCGAAUUCGUCGCCAGAGCUUCUACCUUGUCCGAGGCCUGACCGAGAACGUGCGACUAUGGAAGGCAUGAUGAUAGCUGCAAAGCACCUUACCAAAUCGAUUGAGGAAAUAAAUGGCAAUGACACGGAUAAGCGAGAUCUCCUCGCUAACCUCACAACCCUCGUUGAAAAUUUCAAAUCCACCCUUACUGCAACCAGCCCCGACCGGCAGGGUCGCCCCCCGGCACACCACGAUCCUGCCUCCUCUGAGCUCCGUCGCUGCUUCACAGAUCCCCACGCCAAGCCUGAUGAGCCCACUGCAAGACCCCGUGGCCCCGUUCAUGAGGAGAUCCAACGCCUCCGUAAAGAGCUAUCUGCAAGCAUGGCAGCUCGAAAAAGCCUCGAAAGGAUGUUCUCGAGCUUAGGCAAAGAGAAAGAGAUCAUAUCAGCCGAACUCGCACGAAAAGUUCAAGAGAUUGGAGGUAUGGAGGAGCACCUUAAUGACUUAAAAGCGCAAAAUGAGAAACUCUUGGCGAAAGUUCAGACAUGCGCUAACGAGCACAAAGAGAGGAGGGGGAGGGGGGGUGGAUCUAACGAGAAGGUUGCCUCUCUGCAGGAUCGGAACCAAAAGCUCUCAGACCAACUGCUCAAGUCGCUGGAGAGUUACAGGACGUUGAAGAGAAGGGUCAAGGAGGUGCAAGAGGAGAAUGCAAGGCUUAGUUCUCAAAUAGCUAGCCAGGGAAUUGCAGUUUCCGGCAAGGAGGAAGUGAUUUGCAGCAAGGACACAGUUGGAAUCACGCAAAAAGACACAGGAAAGUCACCAGAAGACCUCUUUGUCGAUGACUUCAACUCUCAUAAGGGGAAGGGGUUGGUAAUGGAGAAGGGGUCCGGGGAGCUGUCGGCUGGUAAGCAGGCAAUUGUCACAUAGAUGGUCGUAAACUCACCAAUGUGGCUGAAAUUUUAGCCGGAGGUGAUGGUUUCGUCAGUGGCUGUGCCGGAAACUGGUCAGUGCGACAAGCUUUUGAUGAUUUUCAUAUGCUAUGUCUAACUCUAUGCAUGAUGGCUGGGUUUCUUUAUCAAAUGAUCCAGAUUUUGCGGAGCUAGAAUGGGCGGUAUACCGAUGAUUUCGAGAAAUCUGAACCGUUCAUUGUAAUGUGGCAAGAAUCCUUGGUAAUUACCAUUAAUAAAUUACGUCUAUUGUACCAUCCUCUAUUCUCUAUAAAUGAAACUCAAUUUUAUUCUCGCC